GUACCAUUCAAAAUAACAAAUCUGAGCGUGUGCCAACAAUUAAGCUUCACCAAAGCUAGCUAGAGAUGAGGUCUGGGAUCUUUGCUUUCUUGCUUCUGAUCUUGUCCCUCCUCUUGUCUGUUAACCUCAACGGUGCCAGAGAAGACCCAGGAGAUUACUGGAAGAGCAUAAUGAAAGACCAACCAAUACCAGAAGCAAUCAAAACCCUCUUUCAUCGAGAUUCCCCACAUCCCUCUGAAUCAAUGAAAAAAGACCAUUUCCUUAGAGAUUUUGACGUCACACCUAAUGCUAUUAUCUAUCAUGCCCGUGUUGAGGGGAAAGAAGAGAAGAAGCCUUGUGUCCAGGACUUGGAAACAAAGCGAGACACACAGCUGAUGCAGGGCUGAAGCUUCCGAAAUCUAUUAUAUAUAUGCUCAUGAUGCUGUCAUAUGCAAUAUGAUUUAGACGAAUCAUGAAACAAAUUAAGUAGCUCAUGUCUUUACAAUUUCAUGUUAGCGUGUUCUCAGUUGUUGAAGCUUGUCUUGGAGGAGAACGAGUGGUGUAAAAAUCUAUCUUAUGUUGUUGAAAUAUUGGAAGUAGUUUCUCU